AUGGCAGUGCUGUUUGGAACGGCUCUGGCGGUGCUCCUGGGAGCCUCCCCAGCAGUGGCAGGCUCUUUGCGUGAUAUCGAACAUGUCGUCAUUUUUAUGCAAGAGAAUCGCGCCUGGGAUACAUACUUUGGAACCAUGGCUGGUGUUCGAGGCUUCAAUGACCCCAAUGUUCAAGUCAAUCCCGAUGGUCAGUCAGUUUGGAAUCAGGUUGUGGAGCCCAGCAUGUCGACGGCCACCAAAUCCCUGUUACCAUGGUAUCUGGGAUACCAGGGAGGAAGCUCAAGAGAUGCAAUUCAAUGUAUGGCGGCCGGUGACAAUGGGUAUCAGGACAAUCAAGCUGCCUUGAAUCAUGGCUUGAACAACCACUGGGCUCGCAACAAUACCCCCUGGAGUUGGGGCUAUUACAAGCGGGAUGACAUUCCGGUCCAAUUUGCCAUUGCCGAGGGAUGGACAUCCGGUGACAUGUACCAGGAGUCACAAAUCACAUCGACCAACCCCAACCGGGCCACUCUUGUGAGUGGGUCGGUCAAUGUACCCGGUGGUCCCCAGAGCCCUAAUGAGGGUGGUGUGUACAUUGACAACAAUGAGAUGCCCGGUUGUGACGGUAAUGGCAUCAAUUGCUAUCCACUCAAGUGGAAAACUGUCUACGAAUUUUAUGAAGAAGCUGGUGUUUCAUGGCAGCUUUACCAAGACUCGAACAACUUCGAUGAUAACCCGCUGGCCUGGUUUGAGCAGUAUCAAAAAGCAAACAAGGAUUCCCCUCUGGCGCGAAAGGGGAUGUCCUUCGUUGGACUUGAUGCAUUCUAUGCAGCCGCUGCUAAUGGCUCACUCCCGGAAGUCAGCUUCAUUGUUGGACCUGCUGAGCUGUCAGAGCACCCGCCCUACCAACCAAAAGAUGGUGCCUGGCUGCAGAGGCAAGUUGUCGAUGCGGUCAUUAACAGUCCUAAAUACCACUCCACCUUGUUGAUGGUGAGCUACGAUGAAACGGGUGGCUUUGGUGACCACGUCGCUCCGUUCCACUCCCCCCAGGGUACCCCAGGAGAGUGGAUGAAGGACCCAUUGGGUCUUUUUGGCGAUAUUUUUGUUGGACCUGGAUUCCGGGUGCCUUUCUAUAUGGUCUCCCCGUGGACCCGUGGAAGUCGGGUUUUCACGGAGCGGGCCGAUCACAACUCCCAGAUUCUCUUUGUCGAGCAAUGGCUCACUGCGCGAGGCUACACUGGCGUCCAGACAGACCAGAUGGUUCCGUGGCGUCGGGCUCACAUGUCGAACCUGGUGAAUGCCUUGGACCUGGACAACCCUGAUUAUUCUCUUCCCAAACUGCCCGACGCCGAGGCUCCGGCUACCAAUGGGAAUGGUGACUACGUUGGUUCCGCCCAAUGCCAAUCGAAGUUCCGCGAGCAACGCCCUCCGGUUCCUUACGGCAAACAAGAGGACCCCACCAACGCACUCUGGUUUGAGGAGGGUUACAAGGAGGUCGUUGGUUAUUUGACCGAGGGCCGAUACCUUGUUGCUGAAAAGGGUGGUCAUGCACUGACAAACUCUGGCAAGCGAAACUCCAUCACCAUGAGCCCUGCUACUAAGAAUCACGAAUCUAAAAGCCAGCGUUGGGUCAUCCACUACACCGAGGACCAAGAGAGCGAGGUCUUCACUAUCUCCAGUGCCCUUGAUGGCCGCUGGCUUGGUCCUCGUGGUACUCUGCUCCCCAAAAGCCAAGGAUCCAAAGCGGCACCGGUACGAAUUACCUUCUUGGGUAAUGGACUGGGCUACGCUUUGAAGUACGCGAACGGAGACCAGUCCAUUGACGUCAAUCAUCGUGGCCAGCUUCAGAUCGCCACCCGAGACGGAAAGCCAGAGGCUGGCUUCAAAAUCUUCAGCGUGUCUUACCGGGACUGA